UGCGCUCCUCUGCUCCCUUCCUCCCUUCUUCUGCGGGCUGCGCGUCGCCGAAGGUCGCCGCCGAGUCGGGAGCGCGCGCGGUGGGGAGGGAGUGGGGGGGCAGCGCAGCCCCCCGGGAACGAGCAUCCCCUGCCCCGCCACGGGGCCUAGCUGCCUCCAUGGACCCUCUGGCGACCCCCGCCCCCGGGAAGAGGACCCUCGCCGGCGUGGAGGUGAACGCAGGUCAGCAAAUGCCGUGUGAGUUGACCCUGGUCCAACGUGGCGGAGAAUAUGAGUUGGUUAUAAGCUCACAGGGGACAGACCCCCCUAUUCAAGAACACAUUCCAGUCAACGACCGUUUUAAAUGUGUGCAAGCUGGUUGCAAGAUCCGUCUGCAGGGCGAUUGCACCGCAGAGCGUCUGUUUGAAAUUGCCGAUGAGGAGCAAUGCUUGGAAUUCCUUGCCGAGGUGCUAAGAGUCCAGAAAGCGUCCUCAAUACCCCCGAUCCCUGAAUUUGUGCCCUCCUCCUGGUGCCAAGUGAAAGGCCUCUCGGGGCCCGUGGAGCCUCUUCCUCCAGGCCUUCUGGGGUUCGAGGAUAACUUCAGCGCCAUAAGCCUGGAGAACAAAAGGAACCUGCAGAACCAGCAGAUGAGUGCCCGCCGAGAGCCCCCACCUCCCCCCCAGCCUCCCGGCCGGUCAUACCCCCGCGAGAAGGAGAGCGCCAACAAGGAGCCCCCCAAAGGCAGCAACACCAUGCGGACCUUCUUUGCGCCGUCCUCCCCCACCACGCAAUCCGGGCAGAGGGAAGGGCUCAUCAAGCACUACGUCCUUAAGCGGGAGAAAGAGUACGUCAACAUCCGGAACUUCAGGUUUUUUAUCGGGACGUGGAAUGUCAACGGGCAAUCGCCAGACGGGAGUUUGGAGCCUUGGCUGAUCUCUGACCCGGAGCCUCCAGACAUAUAUUGUGUGGGGGCAACAAAGGUGGUGUGGCCGUCCGGUUUGUCUUCCACAACACCAGCUUCUGCAUCGUCAACUCCCACCUGGCUGCCCACGUGGAGAACUUCGAGCAGCGCAAUCAAGACUACAAGGACAUCUGCGCCCGCAUGAGUUUCCAGGUUCCCGACCAGAAUCUGCCCCAGCUGACCAUCAUGAAACACGAUGUUGUCAUCUGGCUGGGAGAUCUGAACUACAGACUUUGCCUCCCGGACUCCAAUGAUGUAAAAAAUCUAAUCAGUAAAAACGAGCUCCAGAAACUGCUCACAUUUGACCAGCUGAAUAUUCAGCGUACCCAAAAAGCAGCUUUUGCCGAUUUCACAGAAGGCGAAAUCAAGUUUAUCCCCACGUACAAAUAUGACUCUAAAACAGAUCGCUGGGAUUCCAGUGGAAAAUGCCGUGUGCCCGCUUGGUGCGACCGGAUUCUCUGGAGGGGAGGCAACAUCAACCAGCUCCAAUACCGCAGCCACAUGGAACUAAAAACGAGCGACCACAAGCCCGUCAGCUCCCUCUUCCUCAUAGGGUUCUCUUUUGAGAAUGUGAAGUUCCGGCAACUGCAGAAGGAGAAAUUCCAGAUUACAAACAACGGCCAAGUCCCCUGCCACUUUUCCUUCAUCCCCAAGCUCAACGACACACAGUACUGCAAACCCUGGCUCCGUGCCGAACCCAACGAAGGGUACUUAGAGCCAGAGGAGACGUUGGACAUCUCCCUGGACGUCUACGUCAGCAAGGAUGCGGUGACCCUUCUCAAUUCGGGGGAGGACAAGAUCGAGGAGAUCCUGGUCCUUCACCUCGACCGGGGCAAGGAUUACUUCCUCACCAUCAGCGGCAACUACCUGGCCAGCUGCUUCGGCACCUCCCUGGAAGCCCUCUGCCGGAUGAGGCAGCCCAUCCGCGAAGUCCCCGUCACCAAGCUCAUCGACCUGGGAGAGGACAGCUACCUGGAAAAGGAGAAGUCCCUUCUGAAGAUGGUGCCUCAAGAUGAAGACUCUAACGAUCGACCUUUGCACAUACCCAAGGAGAUCUGGCUCCUGGUGGACCACCUCUUCAAGAAUGCCUGCCAUCAGGAGGAUCUGUUCCAAACCCCCGGCAUGCAAGACGAACUACAGGAUAUAAUUGAGUGCCUGGACACCAGCAUCCCGGAGUCCAUCCGUUGUUUCUCAGUUGCCACGCUCCCACCGGAACGUCUUCCGCUACGUGAUGGCCUUUCUGCGUGAACUUCUGAAAUAUUCCGAGAGCAACAACGUCAGUGGCAACAUGUUAGCCACCCUCUUUGCCAGCCUCCUGCUGAGGCCUCCACCCAACCUGGUGUCCAAGCAGACUUUGCAAGACCGCCAGCGAGCCAACAGUUUCAUCCUGGCCUUCCUGUUUGGACCAGACGACUACUGAGGACCUGGCAUGCAUGCCGUGAGCCAGCCGAGCGGCGAGGGAGGAGAGAGGAAGGCCCGGUUGUUCCGGGCCCCGGGACAGUUAUUAACAGGGAUACGAUGCUUUUCAACACUGCGCGCGAUUCCUUGUUCCUAAGUUUCCAUCUGUGCCGGUCGCCGGUUGUCGACGCAGGAAGGUCCCUGGUGAUUUAGCAGACGAUCCGGUUUGCUGAUCUUGGCCGGCACGCAGUAACAGUUCCGUCCACUCCCAGUCUAGUACUGUAUUUCCUCGCCUUUUGUUCCACCGGUCUUAUCCCCUGAGUAGCGAAGGGGGCCAGGAUCUUUUCUCUGUUGGGAAGACGAGCCAGGCGCCCACCCUUUAUCUCUUCGCCUGCUUUUGUACAAUUCAGCUGUCGUCUGUUCCCAUCUGUGGCCCUUGCUCACAGCUCGGCUGGUCUCCCAUUGUAGUAGCACUCCUUGUAUUUUGCAAAACACCACACCACUGCCAAAACAGGAGGGGGAGGAGAGGGGGAGGUCGGAGCGGCAGAUCCCUGCUUUCAAGCGAGCUCCACGGACAAACCGGGUGAUGGGUUUCCCCCUUCCCUUGAAGUUCUGCAACUUUGUCUUUCCAAGUUCUCCGUCUUCAGGUUUCUGUACUUUGUCCAUAUUCACUCUUUUUUCUCUCUCUCUCUCUUUCUCUGUCUUCUUUUUUUUUUAAACUGUAUAAUUUAUUGGGAAAGUUGUUUCAAAAUAAAUCUGCAUUGUGCAAAAA